AGGUGAUCCGCUGCGUUCUGAGUUGGAGCCGGCUGUCAGAGUCUCUCUGACCAGUGUCUCUCCGAGGAGGGUGCGACCAGCUAGCGGGCCACGGCAGCAAUGAUCCAGACUGUCGGAAGUCACCUGCGAAGGGGCCUGGCCUCCGUGUUCUCCAACCGCACAUCCCGGAAGUCGGCCUCACGCACUGACAGCGACAACAUGGCAGACGGCGAGGGCUACCGGAACCCCACGGAGGUGCAGAUGAGCCAGCUGGUGCUGCCCUGCCACACCAACCAGCGUGGCGAGCUGAGCGUCGGGCAGCUGCUCAAGUGGAUCGAUGCCACUGCCUGCCUGUCUGCGGAGAGGCAUGCAGGGUGCCCCUGUGUCACAGCCUCCAUGGAUGACAUCUAUUUUGAGCACACCAUCAGUGUUGGACAAGUGGUGAAUAUCAAGGCCAAGGUGAACCGGGCCUUCAACUCUAGCAUGGAGGUGGGCAUCCAGGUGGCCUCUGAGGACCUGUGCUCUGAGAAGCAGUGGUGUGUGUGCAAGGCCUUAGCCACCUUUGUGGCCCACAAGGAGCUCUCCAAGGUGAAGCUGAAGCCAACCAUGCCGCGGACGGAAGAGGAGAAGACGGAGCACAGCGUGGCGGCCGAGCGCCGGCGCAUGCGACUGGUCUACGCAGACACCAUUAAGGACCUCCUCGCCAACUGCGUCAUUCAGGAUGAUCUGGAGAGCAGAGACUGCAGCCACAUGGUGCCGGCCGAGAAGACGCGGGUGGAGAGUGUGGAGCUGGUCCUGCCCCCCCACGCCAAUCACCAGGGCAAUACUUUUGGGGGGCAGAUCAUGGCCUGGAUGGAGAACGUGGCCACCAUUGCAGCCAGCCGGCUCUGCCGUGCCCACCCUACCCUGAAGGCCAUUGAGAUGUUCCACUUCCGGGGCCCAUCCCAGGUUGGGGACCGUCUGGUGCUCAAGGCCAUCGUGAACAAUGCCUUCAAGCACAGCAUGGAGGUGGGUGUGUGCGUGGAGGCCUACCGCCAGGAGGCCGAGACCCAUCGGCGGCACAUCAACAGCGCCUUCAUGACCUUCGUGGUCCUGGGUGCAGAUGACCAGCCUCAGAUGCUGCCCUGGAUUCGGCCCCAGCCUGGGGAUGGCGAGCGGCGGUACCGAGAGGCCAGUGCCAGGAAGAAGAUCCGCCUGGACAGGAAGUACAUCGUGUCCUGUAAGCAGGCGGAGAUGCCCCUCUCUGUCCCCUGGGAUCCUAGCAACCAGGUGUGCCUGAGCUACAACAACGUCUCCUCCCUGAAGAUGCUCGUGGCCAAGGACAACUGGGUGCUGUCCUCAGAGAGCAACCAGGUCCGCCUGUACACUCUAGAGGAGGACAAGUUCCUCUCCUUCCACAUGGAGAUGCUGGUGCACGUGGACACAGCCCAGGCCUUCCUGCUGCUCUCUGACCUCCGCCGGAGGCCCGAGUGGGACAAGCACUGCCGGAGCGUGGAGCUAGUGCAGCAGGUGGAUGAAGACGAUGCCAUCUACCAUGUCAUCAGCCCCGCCCUCGGUGGUGACCCCAAGCCCCAGGACUUCACCAUUCUGGCCUCUCGACGGAAGCCUUGUGGCAUCGGGGAACCCUAUGUCAUUGCACUGAGGUCAGUUACGCUGCCCACGCACCGGGAGAGCCCAGAGUACCAGCGUGGGGAGACUGUCUGCUCAGGCUUCUGCUUCUGGCGCGAGGGGGACCAGUUAACCAAGGUGUCCUACUACAACCAGGCCACCCCGGGCGUUCUCAAGUACGUGACCACCAAUGUGACCGGCCUCUCCUCUGAGUUCUACACCACCUUCAAGGCUUGUGAACAGUUCCUCUUGGACAACCGGAACGACCUGGCCCCCAGCCUCCAGACCCUCUAAGCAUCGUCCCUGGCCACCUGACGUCCACGCCCACUCCAUCCUGCCCCAAGGACAUGCGUACAGUGCACUGAGGAAGCAGAGGCAUUUAUUCCUUCCUGCCGCCCCGUGGGAAGCUGGGGUCCACCAGGCCACCUGGGUGUCAGUGUGUGCCAACAUCCGCCAGCAAGUCUUGGCGGUAGCUCUGGGGUAGCCUGUAGUAGACUCGGGUCUUCUUCACGGCCCUGGCUGCCAGCAGUGCUGCCCGCACAGACGCAUAGAGGCCCCGGCCAGGGCUGUGUUCCACCGUGACCGUGGCCCGGGGAGAAGCUUCCAGCAGCCGGGCCACGACUCCAGCGGGGCUCUGGCCCAGAGGCCCAGCCUGCAGCUGGAAGGACACGGGUUGCCAGAGGCCCUGGCACAGCUCCAGCAUGUCUGUGAGCAGCUGUUCCCUGUAGCCACUGCCCAGCACUUCCUCGGGCCAGCCUGGUGCCACCGUCACGUGGGGGAACACGUCGGCCACAGCUGUAAGCAACUCCCUGCCAGUCACGUAGCCAGGGACCCUGAAACUCCCGUGGGAGACUGUGGCACCGACCCACACGGGCCUAGACAGGCGGCCGAGGGCAGAGAGGGUGGCCAGCGUGGCCAGCGCCGGCCGCAGGGCGGUGGGCUCCGCUAUGUGCACGUGGACCCCCCAGCGUCCGGGGUGCGAGGCCAGCUGCUGCAGGCAGGACUCCAGUGCCAGGGCACGGCCAUCUGGGGUGCGGACGAUGGGCACGGGCUCCCCAGCUGCAGGCUCCUGGAGGCCCACGUCCAGCAGGAUCAUGCCUUCUCGGUCUGGAAGAGGCAGUGGAGGCAACAGUGUCUGGGGUUAGGGCUAUCGUGGGGGGUCAGAGGCCCUUGCUGAAGGUAAAGGGACAGCAGGAGGUAAUGGGGUCUGUUGAUUGGGUCUGGGUUCCAGGUGGAAGGGCUGCUUUGUGAAUGUGCCUGGGGCUCAUCAGAAUGGCCCAGUGAGCCGCUAGCUCAGCUCUGAGGCCUGUGCCCGCCUCUGUUGCAGCACCAUGUGACCGAAGCCUCACAAGUGCUGGUCCAAAGGCCAGGGGCCCCCUACUUUUGACAACACUGCUCCCCCACCUUGCAGCCCCGUUGCUAUGGUAACAGAGACCUGAGUAGCUUCCCGAGGUAACCCUUGCAGUCGAGCUAGGAGCACAGGGGCUGCAGGCAGACCUUACCUGGGAGCUGCACUGUUGCUGUGCUUCCGUUGCCCUGGAUGUCAGGAACCAGCCACUCCACGCUCAGACCCUCGUCCCCGGGCUGCUGGAGAGCAGGGAUCAGGCUGCCCCCAGUGUAGUAGCUUUGCUUCCGUGACGUAUUCACUGUGGGUCAGAUUGCCAAGAUGAAGAGGCCACCACCAGUCACGGAGGCCUUCUGGACACCAUGAGUCCUCUCUAAGCCUCACAGCAAAGUUCCAGGGAGCUGGAGUUCCCUGUUUUGUAGAUGACGGGUGACUUGCCCAAGGUCCUACAGCCAGUGGGCAGGGUUGCUGGGAUUGGAGCCUGAUGGAGCCAAGUCAGUCGGGCCCCAAAGCUGGUAUUCCUCCCCCCUCACCUAGAUGGCUCCCAGAGCAGGAAUGUUGGGUCUGAUGGGUCCCCUUGAGAUGGCCUGAUUGCAGGCUCUCCUCGGUUUGGAGUCAAGGGAACAGGGGCUUUGGACAAAGGAACAAGCAUCAUUGAUUAGCAGGUACAGGGGAGGAGCCGUUCUCUGAAAUGCUAGAGCAACCCUCACAGGAACUGUACUGCAAGGGUUUGGAAUUUGCUGUUUCCAGUAGGAGCUCUGCCACGUUUAAGCUGGACAACUUCGUAUAAAUUAUAACUGUUCUGUUUAUCUAUCUGUAAAAUGGAACCUCUGCUUCACGAAUCUAUGGAGCUUAGCAUUCCAUCCCAGGGUCUGGCAUACAAUGUAUGCUUCAAAUGAUUCCUUUGUCCUAUCUCACGUAGGAUUUUCCCCUUUCAUUGGCCUGCCCCACCGAGCUC